CAUCGUUCACCUGCACGCGCCCGGCAGCUGCCUCUAACACACAACCCACCCUGCCUCUAACCCACCGCUCUCUCGCUCCCCUCUCCGUCGGCUGCCCCGAGUUGACGGCAAGAGCGCAUCCCGCAACUCGAGGAACUCCCGUACACUCGUCCCAAUAUUUCGUUUCGUUUUGGAGGUAAGCAAGGAACGGAAGGAAGGCAAAUAAAAUUAAAAACCCGCAAGCCGAUGGCUUCGUUUUAUCCGAGCGCUGCUGCGAGCCCUCCGUGCGUCCGCGGCCGGACGCUCGCGGUGCUCCUGGCGGCGAUCUGCUCGCUGGCCCUCAUGGCCCCCGGCGCUUCGGCCGUGUUCGGUCCACCGCCGACCACGCCGGGAGAUGCGGGGGCCACGACCUCGCCGCAGGACGGCGUCGGAUCGGGGCCAUCGCCGACGCUGAGUCCCGCACGAUACCUGACGGACACCAACUUCGACCAGGGAGGAUACAAGGCGCUGUUCUCCAUGUUGCACGCCUUCCUCGGCGUCGUUCAGAGCAACGAGCUACCGAAAGAUAUAAUUCAAGAAUUCGUCAAUGGAGAAGACCUUCUAUCUGUUUUAACAAAUAAUGCCACGAAGCUGGCUGUGUACGAGAUGGGCUUCCUCAUCUGCUUGGCCAUCGGGCUGCUGUACUUCCUCCUCUUGCCCUUCGUGGCUUUCUUCUUCUGCUGCUGCCGCUGCUGCGGCAAGUGUGGCGGCCGCAGGUACCAGAGCGACGCCGAGGCACGCAGCAACUGUCGUCGCAUCUCCUACUCGGUCACCCUCCUCCUCUGCUGCCUCCUCACCACCGGGGGUCUCGUGUGCAUGUUCCAAGCCAACAUAUACACGCACUACGAAAGUGGGAAAAGCUUUGCUGGCAGUGAAGUCAGAACAAUUGUGAAGAAUAACCUGGCUGACAUAAACACCUUCGCGGAAAACACAGUGAAGCAAUUGGACGAAGUUGUUGCCCAGUAUGGGCCAGUCAAAGACAUCGCGACCAACAAAGUACAGAAUAUUGGCAGUAUUGUCGGAGGAAACAUUCAGAAAAACUUUUUGGGAGAAGUCGCCGGGCCACAAAGUGCCGCGCUCAACCUCGUUGAUGUUAUUAAGAGGACCAAAGAAAAUCUGAACACCGUGAAUUCGUCAAUGUCCACGCUAAAUCUGUGGGCUAUCGAUACAAACACAACGUUAGAUGAGAUUAGAAGCAACUUGACAACACAUUUAACUCCAUGUAGUUCCGCUGAAUGCCGAUGGCUCUUGGAUGAGUCAAAUAAUAUUUCUCUUGCUGCCGACUUCACCCCGUUGUCUGGCACUGUUGAACAAGUCAUUAUAGAUCUACGAUCGAUAUCUGAAGGUGAUCUAAAAGAUCAGCUUGUAAAGGGUAAUGAAACCAUCAAGAACAUCACGCAGCUCGUCGAUGCGGCAGCUAGCGGCAUCAAAACAGGGGUCUUGAAUACGCUGACAAGUGUUGGGAAUGAAAUCCAAAACUUUUCGAGCCAAUUAGAUUUAUCCCAAUACCUGGACCAAAUCAAAACGCAAACUGAGGAAUUUUCCAACACACUGACUAAUAUCCAGGAUGAGGCCAUCUUCUUUGACAAACUUCGAUUCCUCGCCAUACUCGGUGUGGUGCUGUUGUUGGCCAUCAUCGUGCUGUUCUUCACGAUUGGUCUCUGCCUGGGCACCUGCGGCUACAGCAAGAGGAAGUCCCCCGCCAACCGAGGCUGCUGCUCCAACUGUGGUGGAAUCUUCCUCAUGGCUGGUGUUGGCUUCGUAUUUAUAUUCUCCUGGAUAUUCAUGUUCAUCGUGGCCAUACUCUUCUUUAUCGGUGGGAAUAUCCACACGCUGGGGUGCAAACCGCUAGCGGACCAGUCCCUGUUUCACCUCCUGGAUGGAUUGAAAGUUCCUGAUCAACCUGAAAAUGCAACAUUUCUUGGCUAUAUCACCAACAUUGGCAGUAACAUCACCAUCACACAGGUCUACGAGGACUGCAAGCGUGACGCUGCAAUCUACUCCACAUUGAAAAUGGAUCAAUUUCAGAACCUGGAUGACCUCAUUGAUAUUCAAGAGUACGUACAAAAGAUCAAGGAUGAUAUCAGUGGGAUCAAUGUGGAUUUGUCAAGCGUUAACCUUCUGGAUCCAGCAGGGAAAGACAUAAUACGUGAUUUUGGCAACUCCAGGGUGGACUCAAUUCCCUAUAACUUAUUUCUGGAACAGAUUGACAAAGGACUCGUGAAUACAAACCUGCCCAGAUAUGCAUUCGAGCUGAGAAAAUUCGUACUGAGCGGGCAAAAUCUGAGUGGCGCUGUGUUGAGCGGGAUUGCCAGCCAACUCGAGGACAUCGACAGAGACAUGCCUACUCAGGAAUUGGAUUUGAUGGGAGCAAGUAUCGUCCUUCUUCAGGAGGAUACAUCCAAUAUAUCCAACAAGACGGUUGCUCUGAUCGCUCAGCUGGACAAUGCGCAGAAUGUUCUGACCAACAUUUCAUCAAGUGUCGUCAAUCUUGAAAUAUCAAACUACAUUGACUUUCUCAUAUUGGACUUUGACCUCUACAUUGGCUGGAUCAAAAGAAUGAUACGAUUGGAAAUGGGGGGUUGCCUGCCCGUGGCAAAUCUUGUUGACUCAAUCCACAUCAUUGGCUGCAGCUGCGUCGUUGAUUCACUGAAUGGCAUUUGGUUUGGCCUGGGAUGGGCCCUGGUGUUCUUGUUCAUCAGUCUCAUUUUCGCCGUCAAAUUGACCAAGUACUUCCGUCGAAUGAAAAAAGAAGAUGUCUUUGAGAGUCCGAUGUACACGUCUGGAAUAAACAAGGCCUACAGCCCAGACCCUGAAGAGUUUGCUUUGCCAAGAGCCAAGUCGGGACACGGACCGUGAAUUCGAGAAAACGCCGCAUGGAAGUCAUUGCCCUGCCAAGCGCAGCAACCGUUCGUUAGAGGAAAUAAUAUCCUGGGCAAUGUACAUUUUUAAUUUGAGGAAUUGCGAAGCUUGUUCUGGAAAUCACGCACUAAUUUCACGCUUUUAAUAUAUCCGUUGUGUCCGAUUAAACGCUUCAGUUGAUUUUCGUUACGUUAAUCCACGGCAAUUGAAACUCGAAAUCAGUUGUGUUUCACUUGCAAACAGCAACACGAAUGACUUGAAUUUUUGCUCUUGAGAGUGUCAUUUGUUUUAUUCGGUGCGCAUGUGAUAUGGAACUUUAUAACCAUUAUUUAUUUUAGUAUUCGUUAUUUAAAAAAAAACGAAACCUGGCGUUUCAGCGCUCUUCAAAUAAACACGUUCGUACAUGG